ACUGCAUGCUCGAACGCAACUUCCUCUCCCAUGUUCAUCUUGUCCUGUAUCUUUUCCUCCUCUCCGCUUCCGCCUUGCUAGGCACUCGUCUUCCAGCUCCCGCUGAGGCCGGCUCCUCGUUGGGCGGUCUGGGUAGCGCCAGCUUGCCAGCAUCCAUUGCGCAGAUAGUCGCCGCCUUCCUUACUCUUGCUGCUGGCAUGUGGGAGUACCAUACCAGUUUUAGGGCCUUGAGGAAUAUGCGUGCUUUUUUCCGUGGUUCCAAUAUUCACCUGUUCCUCAUGACGGUGGUGACUGCUAUCAUCGUUGGCGUAUCUGUUGUCUAUAUACUCGACUGCAUGUCUAUGAUGCGUUCGAUGGCGAAUUCCCAAUGACCUCUUCGGAAUUUGCGGCCGUGGUCCGGUUCAUCUGCACUUUGUUAGACUAUCCUCUGCGUUACCCUACUUGGUCGUGGACAUGUAAUCUGUACGUCUCUAUUACAGGGUCAUUGUGUACGCUAUACAUUUGCUUUGGACAUGCCACUGCGUGGAUC